AUGCGUCCACUCAUUUCUGCGUUUCUUGCUCUGACGCCGGUUGCCUUCGCCCAAUAUGUCCUCGAAGAUGAUUAUUUGGCCGGUGACUUUGCCAGUCACUGGAACUUCUUCACGGACGAUGAUCCCACGAAUGGUUAUGUCGAUUACGUCGACGAGGCUACAGCGGUCAGCUCAGGACUUCUAUCAACUUUGGUGAACGGAAGUGUCUUCUUAGGUGUGGACAGCACCAAUCCCGGAACUGGCCGCGGUCGACCGAGCGUCCGCAUCGAAAGCAAGAAGAACUACAACAAUGGUGGCCUGUUCAUCAUCGAUCUCGCUCACAUGCCAGGCGGCCAGUGUGGUUCAUGGCCGGCCUAUUGGCUGAUCGGCCCAGGCGGUGCCGAUACCGGUGAAGUCGACAUGAUAGAGGCCAUCAACACCGACACCACCAACUUGAUGUCAGUCAAGACGGGCCGUGAGUGUACAAUCAGUCAGCAGGUCAUGACGGGUACACUCGAGACUACCGACUGCAACGUCAACACUGGUGGCGUCGUCGGCUGCUCCAUUGAUUCCGCGAGCCCUUUUACAUUUGGAGGUGGUUUCAAUUCCCUCGAUGGAGGCGUCUACGCAACUGAGUGGGUUGCUGAAGGAGUCACUAUCUGGUACUUCCAACGUUCUGCCAUCCCCGCUGACAUUACUGCUGGGACACCCGACCCUUCACUCUGGGGUGUUCCCCUUGCCAAAUUUCUCACCAGCUGCAACCUGAACGACAAUCUCAUCAAUCAGCAGCUCAUCAUGAACAUUGACUUUUGCGGCGACUACGCGGGCAACCCCUUCUACUGGGACAACGAUCCCACUUGCAAGUCUCAAGCAGAUACCUGUAAUGAUUUUUCUAUCAACAAGUGGCGCCCUCCACCACGACAAGCAGCUCCACGUCUAUUGAACCGCCGACCUCCAGUCUGA